AUGCAGCUUUUGACUUGCAACUCCACGACUCGAGCCCUACCAGGACUUUUGAUGAGAUCCAGACGAACUCACCAUUCAUCGAGCAGCAUCAAACUCUCUAUUCGUUUCAUUCAUUCACUUAAAAGCUCUUCAUUCCACUUUUAUUAUUCUGCCCUGCUCAAACAAAACCCACCUCUUGUUACCGCCUCGAAAAGUAUCCUCUAUCCCCAUUCCCAUUCCCCCUUUGUCUUCCUCCCCACUCUGCUCGCCAUCCUCUUCCUACUUCCCUCUUUCUACCCCUCCCCCUCCUCCAUACCGCCCUUGUUUCCAGCCCCAGGUGCUCUGCCUUCCUACUUGUCCACGCCCAUGCCCACUCACACACUGACACAACCCCUCGACGCCGGCCAGGCCAAAGGAGGCAGCGCCACAUCGGCCGCCGCGGUUUCGGCCGCAGGUCCGAUGAUCGGCGGACUCAAUCCGAUCGGCGUCCGUCUCAUCCAACAGGCCUGGACUGAGUUGAUGCGCUUAGUGCAGACAGACCGGAUUAAAAGCAUGGUAGACAGUGAAUUCGCCUUUGAAGAGGUAAGAAAUAGCAUGUCAGGCGUCCACAUGCCCAUUCAUCCUCCUCGCCAUAGUGAUUUUCUCACACUACUAUUAACAGGCUUCAUAGUACCAUAG